UGCUAAUGGUUGGAAAAGACUAUGAGAGUAAUACGGAAAACUUCUUUAGUGCUUGACAAGAAGAUCCAUUGUUGAUAGCGUUGCAUAGAGCAGUUUGUGGCAUCAAAGAGGCAACAUAUUUUCAUACAAGCAUCAUACAUUUAAGAUCUUCAGAUACGAGUGCAAGCGCCUAAGUUAAGAUUUUUCUUGCUGAUUAGCUGUUGCAUUGUAGCAGACUAGUAGCAAUCUUCAUGAGAUUGUUAGAGAAGCUUGCUAAGUUUCAUACAAAUGCUCACCAACUAAUGACAUGGCUACUGUUUCAGUAUUUUGAAUUAUGCUGUUGCAGUCAUAUAUCACGAGUUUCAGCAUCCACGUGCUGUAGUUUGAAUAUGCUACUUGGACAAAGAUACCCAGAGCAAAGAUGCUUCACUUAUAGAAUUUGAGAAUCAGAUUUGUCGAUGAUAUUUCUUUAAUGUCGAAAACGAUAGAAAACUUCACAAGCAUGGAUAGUUUUAGUAUCUGAAUAGUUACCUUCGACUAUGGAUUGGUUUCAGACCAUAUAGUCCAACGCUAGUUUGUUUUGUUUUUUCUAUUAUCUUUUCAGGUAAUAUCAGAUGAUUGUGUAACUUAGAGAAGGCACUUGGUGGGGAUGUUAGGAUGUAUGAUGGAACUACUCUCAUUGUCAAUAUCUUCAACCAAAAGGGUGCAAAAUUCAUGAAGCAGCCUUACAACUUAAGGAGAUGGGUGGAAAUGGUAGCCUAACCAGAGGCGAAGAAGCUGCUGGUGCUAGCAAGGUAUCUGAUCAAUCAGCUGAAAGGAAAAAAAGUUUGGUGGACUGGAUGAACUUGAUUAAACCUGCUAAUGGGGAGAAAGAUCACUGGGUUCUGGAUGAAGCUGUUAGCAAAUGCACAUCAUGUGGAUCAGAUUUUGGAGCUUUCAAUCGCAGGCAUCAUUGCAGGAAUUGUGGCGAUAUUUUAUGCGACAAGUGCACAAAGGGUAGAAUUGCUCUCACUGCAGAAGAAAAUGCUCAGCAAGUCCGAGUUUGUGAUAGAUGCAUGGCAGAAGUUUCUCAAAGGUUAAGCAAUGCAAAAGAAGCUGUCAGCAAACCUGCCGGUCUGCAAAGUCAUGAAGAUCUUGUGCGAAGGCUUCAGGAGGAAUUGAACAAGAAUCAUAAGUUGGGUUCAAAUUCUGAUGAGUCUUGGAAGCCAAUGAGGGAAGUAGCAUGUCCCAUCUGCACAGUCCACCUUCAGGUGCAAGUUUCUGCCUCAGGCUCCCAAACAAUCGAAUGUGGUGUCUGUCAACACCCUUUCUUGGUUGAUGCAGGUCGAGUCAGCCACAGCCCCACAUCGAGUCAAUAAACCGUGGCCGGUUUCAGGGAGAAGGAAGCAGGAAGAAAACUGGAGGUAGAAGGAGGCCUUCGAGAAAAAGGAAGAAAAGAAGAGGAGAAUAUGCAGGGUUUGUGGGCAGCAGCUACACAAUAGCCUGGAGAGGGUGAACACUUGGCAGUAGUUAUACAUAAAGCCCACCAUCGCCCUAUAAUUGGUCGCCUCCCUCUACCUGCAACCCUUGCAUGAGAGCCCACCAUUGCCGCUUGCAGCCCUCGUGCAAGGGCCUGCUGCUGCCACCUACAACUGUGGUCGCCCCACUUGGCCCGCAGCCCUCACGGGAGGGCUUGCCGCUAUCGCUUGUAGCCCUCGAGCGAGGUUUGUUGCCGCACCUUGAUCGUUAGUUGCAAAGGGACUGCACAGCCUCCUCGCACCCCUUCCUCAUUAGCAUGGUCUCUUGGGCAUCCUUGCCAUUGGCUGCAGCCUCCAUUGUUGGCCGCGGAGGUUGCACCUUCAUCGCAGGUCCUGCGAGGGGGGGCGGUUGGUGCGGUGGAGGGGUCAAUUGGUACGGCGAAGGCAUGACUAGGGGCUAGGUGGAGGGUGGUGGCUGAUGGGAGUGGAAUGUUCAUUUUGACAAAAAGAGGUACUCUUUAUGGGUAUAGUGCACCUUUGUUUUUUUCUUUUUUUACUUCUGUUGCAAUAACCUAUAAUUCUACAACUAAACCAUGAGCGAUACACCGAGUAUACAGGUUCAUCUGCUGAAAGGAUUUGGACUGCCAUGUACCAGGAUUAUUACCAGGAUUAAUUUCCACAAAUCUAGUUAUAUGUUUUUUCUUUUGUUUCUUAUUUCUUGUCCAGACAUUUUGUUCAGUUAUUUUUGCAUUAAAUGCUGAAAUAAUUGGAGAUGAUAUGUUUGAUAUUAGUUACCGGUAAUUCUUUUGUGUUAUUGUUUUCGACAUGCUCAGCAUUGCUAGUUGCUUAGAUUAGGUGAUUCGACAAUGAGUUUACGAAGUAGCUUACAUUAAUUAAAUUAUUCUUUGGACAUACCAUGUGAAUGUAUACAGUUUCCUUUCAAAUCAAUUUAAGACUUGAUUUAGUGAUUUUGUAGGACAAUCUAUGAUUUAGUGAUUUUGUAGGACAAUCUAGUUACUGGUAAUUCUCAUUUGAUGAUGUUUGCAUGUUUCUAUCCUUUAGCUUUUGUAUCAAGUUAUGGUCAUACAAUUCCAGGUUACAGCAAGAAAUCCAUGCCCGGUGCUUUUCAGACAUGUAUUAUGGUUCAUCAUCAUAAGUCUGAAUGUACUGGAUCAAUCAGCAGAGUUAAUGGACAACCAUUAGAGGUUUCACGGAAACAAGGACUUCAUUGGGGAAGUUCUUUCUUUCCUUUCUCGGCCUUACCCUCGGUCAAAUGCAAUCAGAUUAUGCAAGGUAGAAAUGGCUGCCACGGUAAGAGGCUUUGGUCACUACAAAAUUUUGGGAAUUCAAAUGUAUGCAGCUGUCUCUCCCUGUGCAGUAAGAUUUUUUUCCUAUUAUUAAAGUCCUUGGUGCUUAUUUGCUACCUCCACCUUUCUGCACAACAAAAAUGGUCUAUAGAUUGGAGGAACGCCAUUGUGGACCUUCUAUAUUGGUUUGGUAUGAAGCCCCCAUUCAGCACAUAGGCUGGCCUUUCCAUGCUAGUUGGUAGAUAUCAUGUGUCAAGGUUGGCAACCUUCUUUCCAAAAUCUUUGCAUCAAAAUGCAAGUGCAGCCAAAAGAAGCAAAUGGCAGACCCUGUUGAAAAUAUCAUAUGUUCGUUGCUGCUAAAUCAGUGGUCUGAUUUAGCCUUGAGAUUGUUAUUUAAGUUGUUGAAUCAGACCUCCAAUGGAAUCUGUUCAUGGGAAGAAUUCAUUUGUAAAAAGUACAAAAAUCAAAACGAAAGCAUAGCACAAUCUACACUUUGGCGGGCUUCAUGUAUUGACUCAACCAUGAUUAGUUGACUUUGUUGAAAAGCUAGGAAUAGAUCUAAUUUUUAAAUUAUGGUAAAAAAAAGUUAAAAUGUUGCCAGGUAUAGAUGUCAGAUUUGAAGUUGGGGGAAGUAGUCCUAUUGUACCUUUUAAAAAAUAAGCUCAUGGUGACAUCUAUAUGAGUGGAAUAUUGACCAAUACAUAUGUAGAAUUUCACAUUGUUUCUAAGAAAGAGUAGGGUUUGAUGUCUCCUCUAAUGCUGUGUUACCUUUGCUUGGAAUUGGUGUUCCAAAAUCAUUGCCAAUAGGUUUUGUGUCUUUUCUUAUAUUUGUGGCAUUUCUCUACUGUAUUAUCAGUUUAGUGUAUUUUUUGCAUGAGAUAAAGAUACUUAUGUAGGUCAUUAGAAUCCAAAAACAAAGCAAAAAAAUCCUGGAUCCUUUUCUUAUAUACAUGUGUUCUGUUGCAUCUUUCUGGUGUGUCCUUGCAUGUGAUAACAUAUGGUUCUAUAGUUUAUUAUACUCUAAAAUAAUUAAGUGCUACUUAUGAUUAUGGAUAUAUAUGAUUAUAUUUUAGGAUUAUUUAGAUACUGCAGAAUUCAGAUCAUAUCUACAACCUCCUAAAGUACAAAUGGAAGUUAUCUUAACGAAUUACAUUUUCAUAUUCUGGAAUGUACAUUUCUGCAUGCAUAGACCUUAAGAUAUCGACUUAAUCCAGUUUGGUACAGUAUAAUAUUUUUUUAUGAUUGUAUUAUGCUUCAAUCUGCUGAUCACAAUAACUUAAAUAACAUUCUUUUGAUCGAUGUACUUCAGGAUGCAGAGAUUGUUUGGAACAUGCCAAAUACAACACUAGCAAUGAUGUGGAGUAUCUGAAAACAUAAAAAUAUUUGUGAGGCAGUUGCUCUACAAUCCUAGAUUUCUAUCUGCAUAUCCCACAGCUUUUGUUGAAGCAAAGCUCUGUCAAGUUGAACAACAGCGUGAGCUGAAUUAGCAGAUUCAAAAACAGCCCUGAAACUUUAUGUUCACAUUGUGAGCUUGAUUGUUUUUCUAAUUGUGUGGAUGUGCCUGUUAAAUUUAUGAAAUUUGUUUCCA